AGACUCAGACUGUCCAAGAGCGCCGCGUCUACACUGGGCGGCCUACUUACCCAAGAAGGGCUAAGAUCACAACUCCGGGAGGUCGCGCAUCCGAGCUCAGAACCCUACCGGGCACCUGUCUCCGAGAGGAGGCUCAGCUGCCCGACUUUUGCAAACCCUUUUCCCUCCCACGUCUUCAGGUCCUUAAUCUUCAGGGACCCCCUGCCCCCAGGGCGCUGCCACCCUGCCUGCCAUGGAUACUCCGUCGCAGCGGCGUGCCACCCGGAGCGGGGCACCGGCGGGCUCCACCCCGCUGACCCCGACUCGAAUCACGCGGCUGCAAGAGAAGGAGGACUUGCAGGAGCUGAAUGACCGUCUGGCUGUCUACAUCGAUCGGGUCCGUUCGCUGGAGACGGAGAACGCGGGCCUGCGCCUCCGGAUCACCGAAUCUGAGGAGGUGGUGAGCCGGGAGGUGUCCGGCAUCAAGGCCGCCUACGAGGCCGAGCUCGGGGACGCCCGCAAGACCCUGGACUCGGUAGCCAAGGAGCGCGCCCGUCUGCAGCUGGAGCUGAGCAAAGUGCGGGAGGAGUUUAAGGAGCUCAAAGCCCGCAAUUCCAAAAAGGAGGGGGAUCUGCUGGCAGCUCAGGCCCGGCUCAAGGAUCUGGAGGCCCUGCUUAACUCCAAGGAAGCAGCUCUGAGCACAGCCUUGAGUGAGAAGCGUACUCUAGAUGGUGAGGUGCACGAACUCCGGGGCCAAGUAGCCAAGCUAGAGGCAGCUCUGAGUGAGGCCAAGAAGCAACUUCAGGAUGAGAUGCUGAGGAGGGUGGAUGCUGAGAACAGGCUGCAGACGCUGAAGGAGGAGCUGGACUUCCAGAAGAACAUCUAUAGCGAGGAGCUUCGUGAAACCAAACGUCGCCAUGAGACUCGCUUGGUGGAGAUUGACAGUGGCAAGCAGCGGGAGUUUGAGAACAAGCUAGCUGAUGCCCUGCAGGAUCUUCGGGCUCAACAUGAGGAACAAGUGGAACAAUAUAAGAAGGAGCUGGAGAAGACCUAUUCUGCCAAGCUGGACAACGCUAGGCAGUCUGCCGAGAGGAACAGCAACAUGGUGGGGGCUGCCCACGAGGAGCUGCAGCAGUCACGCAUCCGCAUUGAUAGCCUUUCUGCCCAGCUCAGCCAGCUCCAGAAGCAGCUGUCGGCUAAGGAGGCAAAGCUGCGCGAUCUGGAGGAUGCUUUGGCCCGGGAGCGGGAUACAAGCCGGCGGCUGCUGGCUGAGAAAGAGAGGGAGAUGGCAGAGAUGCGGGCAAGGAUGCAGCAACAGCUGGAUGAGUACCAGGAGCUGAUGGAUAUCAAACUGGCCCUGGACAUGGAAAUCCACGCCUACCGAAAACUCCUGGAAGGAGAGGAGGAGAGGCUGAGGCUGUCCCCCAGCCCCACGUCUCAGCGAAGCAGGGGCCGGACCUCAUCUCACUCAUCCCAUACCCAGAGUGGGGGUAGCGCCACCAAGAAGCGAAAGCUGGAGACCAGCGAGAGCCGAAGCAGCUUCUCGCAGCAUGCACGCACCAGCGGUCGAGUGGCUGUAGAGGAGGUGGACGAGGAGGGCAAGUUCGUGCGGCUGCGCAACAAGUCCAAUGAGGACCAAUCCAUGGGUAACUGGCAGAUCAAGCGCCAGAAUGGAGAUGAGCCCCUGCUGAGUUAUCGUUUUCCCCCUAAAUUCACUCUCAAGGCUGGGCAAGUGGUGACGAUCUGGGCUUCAGGGGCAGGAGCUACCCACAGCCCUCCCACUGACAUGGUGUGGAAGGCUCAGAGUUCUUGGGGUUGUGGAAACAGCCUUCGCACAGCACUCAUCAGUGCCACUGGAGAGGAGGUGGCCAUGCGUAAGCUGGUACGCACAGUGACUGUCAAUGAUGAUGAUGAGGAGGACGAGGAUGGAGAAGUCCUGCUCCAUCACCACCACGGUGCCCACUGCAGUGGCUCGGGGGACCCGGCCGAGUACAACCUUCGUUCUCGCACCGUGUUGUGUGGGACCUGUGGGCAGCCAGCUGACAAGUCCGGGAGCAGUGCCGGGGCCGGGGCUGGUGGCUCUGUCUCCUCUGCCUCCUCAGCCUCCAGUGUCACUGUUACUCGAAGCUACCGAAGUGUUGGGGGCACUGGGGGCAGUGGCUUUGGGGACAGCCUGGUUACCCGAUCCUACCUCCUAGGGAACUCACGCCCUAGAACCCAGACUCCCCAGAACUGCAGCAUCAUGUAACCAGGAACCUGGUGUGGGGAGAAUCCAGCAGCCCUGUCUGUUCCCUCUUCCCACUUCAUGCCAAUUUUCUCUCCCUCCUGCUUUCCUGGAGGGAGAGUCUGAAGCCAAAAAAAACCCCAAACAAAACAAAAAACAAAACCCCAUAACCCUUCUAUGGUUUUUGUUCUCCUCUCUGCUCCCCCUUCCUGUGUUUUGUGUUUUUUUUCUAAAAGAAGUUAUUUUCUACAGUGGUUUUAUACUGAAAGAAAAACACAAGCGCAAAAAAAAAAAGAAAAGAAAAAAAAAAGAAAAACAAAAGAAAAAAAUAGUCCCCUCUUUCCAGAUAGUAGUCUAUCUCCCUUUUCCCUUUCCCUUUCCCUUCCUCUAAACCCCAAACCCUACAUUUUAAGCCAAAGAGGGUUUCCUGUAGGGGCCAAGGGGGGAGAGGUGCUUUUAGGGAGUCUAGUUUUUGCUUUCUGAUGCUGGCUGCUUCUGUUUUCAUUAUCCUCCUCCCCUCAUAUAACCAGGAACCCUCUUGAAUGGUGCCUGAUCUGCAGGUGGGAAAAGUCACCUGCCCAGCCGCUUUCUGUCCUAUGAGGAACAAGGGUCUUUUCCUUGCUCUCCCAAGGGUGGCCAGCAUGCUGGGAGAAAGGGCACUUGGCCAUUCCCCUUGCUGAGGCUUCUCUGUGUCCUCUGGGGACACUCUUGCCUCCUGCCUUCUGCUUAGCCCCCAGCUACAGUGCCUUUACCUGCAUUUUAUUUAGACAAGGGAUGGGAAUGAGGGGAUUGGGGAAUGGAGGGGAGGUGCUGGGUUUGAGUCUCUGCUCUCCACCUGCUUUUAAGAUUGGUGGGCUCCAUUAUGUCUCUGAAGGUUGAUGAAGGGAGAGGAAGAGAGUGGGGGAGGAGCUGGGAAGAUAACCUACCUGGAUCCUAGCCCCCAAAGAGAAAAGGGAGUGUGUGGGGAUGGGGGUGGGGUGGAGGAGUAGAUUUUUCAGGUGGUUUUUGGCAAACACUAAGGAGCCCCUUGCCCCUUACCCCCAACCCAUCUGCUUUCUCCUACCCUAUUUCCCCUUCUCCCUCCAACCCCAACAAAUCAAUACACUAGACUUUUCUGUC